AUGAAACCGGCUCAGGAGCGCAACCAGGAGUGCCUGCCUCCUAAGAAGCGGGACCUUCCUGUUAGCAACUGUGGCGGCGCCGCGGGGACGCCAGCAGUGGGGUCUGUUAUGGAAAGAGGAGGUGUCGUUGUUGGAGAGGAUGAAGUAGGCUCCAUUCAAAACUGUGUAGCCAACAGUGAGUCUCAGGGAGAGUGGCUGCGAACUCAUUACGGAGGAGACUCUUCUGAAGGCAUAUCAGCAAUCCCAGUAGACCAGUACAGUAUGCUUUACAAAGUGGCUCUACCUUCAGUUACGUACUCGCCCAGCAGUCCUCACCCAGUGUUAAGCCACAUUUCUCCAGCCUACACUGUACACUCUCCCCUCUUGCAGCACCCGGGCCUUCCUUAUCCUCCUUUGGGCUACGCACAGCUCCCUCAUUCUUCCCUCCAGUUCGUCAGCUCCCCAUAUGCAGCAGUUCCGUACACUUUACCGCCCGGUUUUGUCCCCAGUUCGUUAAUCUCCCCCUCAGGAACUAUCCCUCAGGCCCACGCCGUGUCCCACCUUGUCCCUUACCCCUCUGUCAUACAAGAAGGUGUGGUUUCUCCGCCACCCCAGGCUCAGGUCGCCGCUCAUACCUUUGCCAAAGUUUCCGGGUCCAGCAGCGUCCCGCUGAUGUUGCCUUCUGAGCAGGCCGCCCAGCAGCACCUCAGCGCCGUUGGAGUGGUGUCCGCCGCAGAGCUCGGCUCGCGGGAGAUGCCGGUCUUCUACCACCCUCAGGGUGCCGCCAGGGCCGCUGCCUCCAGGGAUGGCCAAGAUGUGCACCAGGAAAAGGAGCCAGAAAUGAACGGAGGGGGUAAGGACCAGGUGGCCAGGGAGCUACCGUGUGACUCUUACGCUGGCAGGAAUGCACGGGUGCAGCAGGUAGCUGCCGUCCUCCCGGCGCAUGAGCCUAACCAGAAACGUCGGUUGAGCUCACCCUGUCAUCGCAGCACUCCAGACAGCGAUCUGGAGGUGCAGCAGGUGGUUGGCAGCUUAGCCUCCUCCUCCAGCCAAGGUGUCAGCGGAGGCCGCAAAGAGGUCUCCUUUGCCCCCUUGAAUCUGUCUCAGAGUGUCCAGCGAACCAGAGCUGUGGCCCAGCCUGCGAGCUACGGUGAGCCCAGAGUGAGUGGACAGCAGCAGCAGCAGCAGCCAGUGGGGCCGCCGGCCCAUGCUGUCAUGCUGGCCAACGGGCAGCCGGUGCUAAUCCCUGUGGAGUAUCACCCGCAGCCGCAGCAACACUACCCAGCGCAGGCUAAUGAUGGCUCUUCCAAGUCCUCCUUUAAAGUCUCAGACACUUUAGCCAGAGCGUGCCUCCCCGAGAGGGCCGCAGGAGAGCCGUUCGUACCCCAGCAACAGCCUCCCGCUGAGGUGACCCAGGCCUUAGCCUCCGCCGCCCCCGGUCCGGUCACCGGCAACCCGUCGCACUUCAUGAAAGGCGCCAUCAUCCAGCUGGCCACCGGGGAACUGAAGCGAGUGGAAGACCUGCAAACUCAGGACUUUGUACGCAGCGCUGAGCUGAGCGGAGGGUUGAAAAUAGACUCCAGCAUGGUUGUGGACAUCCGCGCCAGCCAGCAGAGGCCCGGUUUGGUAACGCUGCAAUUCACCGUCGGGGAGCAGCAAAGCAAAGUGACCAUCGACGUUCCGCCGGAGCACCCCUUUUUCGUGUUUGGCCAAGGCUGGUCGUCGUAUAGCCCGGAGCGCACCGCACAACUCUACGGUUUGGCCUGCCACCAGAUGCAAGUCGGGGAUGUGUGCGUCUCGGUCACGCUGCAGCAGCAAGCGUCGCAGCAGAAAGCUGCGCAACAGCACAUCGCGGCCAGGACGUUGAGCAAAAGCGGCUCCGUGUCGGAACCUGCUCAUCGGCUUAUGGGGCCUCCCGCCCCGCAGCACUCGCGCCCUCAGGCUCAUUUCAGGACAGAGCGCGUGCACAGAGACAGACCGAGGGAGGCUGAGAAAGACGCGGCUGACAAGGAAGAAGCCGAACCCCACGUCAGGCCCGGUCGGACCUCGGGCGAGUACCCCCGCAGUCAAAGCGGCUACCAGUUGCACACGCACGCCUCAGCCUUCGUAGGCAUCGCCACAGGGGCUUCUCAGAGACGCUGGUCUUCUCCUGGCCUCCAAAGAUACAAUCUAAAGGGAGAGCACACUGCCUGUCCUCAGAUCACCACCUCUGGACACAUCCGGCCUUCAUUCAUCCCCCAGGAGGUCAAACUGUCCAUCGAGGGACGCUCCAAUGCGGGAAAGUAA